AUGUCCGAGCGAAAAGUUCUCCAGAAGUACUAUCCCCCGGAUUUCAACCCGGCGGACAUCACCCGCAAGCGUGGCCUCAAGUCGACGGGCCCCAAGUGCCAGACGGUCAGAAUAAUGGCGCCCUACUCGAUGAAGUGCACCUCCUGCGGCGAAUAUAUUUAUAAAGGUCGUAAAUUUAAUUCCAGAAAAGAGACGCACCAGGAAGAACGCUAUCUGGGCAUCCAAAUACACCGCUUUUCGAUCCGUUGCACCAGAUGCUCCUCAGAGAUCGUUUUCCGUACCGACCCCAAGUCGGCAGGCUACAUGAUGGUCAAGGGCGCCGUGCGGAACAUGGAGCCUUGGCGCAACAAGGAGGAAGAACAGGAAUCCGUCGAGGAGCGCCUGGACAGACUCGAGCGCGAGGAGGCCGAGGCCGCGGGCGAGGAGGAGCGCAAUGCGAUGGCCGACCUGGAGGCCAAAAAUGAGGACGCGCGGAGGGAGAUGGCCGCGGCCGACGCGUUGGACGAGAUUCGGCAGCGCAACGCGCGCAUCCAGCGGUCCGAGAAGGACGGCGUCGACUUUGCGGACUAUGUCGUCAGGCCCGAGGACGAGGAGAAGGCGCGGUGGGAGAGGGAGGACGACGAAGCUGCGAGGAAGGCGUUCGCUGCUGCCAGGGAACGCGCUGCUGCGGAUCUUGGGGAGGAAAUUAUUGAGGACGAUGUUGUGGAGGAGCCGGUGGCGGGUUCGUCUGCGUCCUCGUCAACGGCGAAGAGCGAGACUGUGGCUAAGGAUACCUCGUCGAUGCCCCCGCCGCCUCCGCCUCCCGCCAAGAGGACGGUCAAGAAAAAGAAGGACUACUCUGCGGCGUUGGGCAUCAAGAAGAAACCCUCGCUGGUGUGA